GAAGAAGAAACAAACGGGGAGCACGCUGAGCAGCACGCAGCGGCGACCAGUUUCAUUUGGGUACCGCACUUUCCUUAUUCAGACCAGAAGCAGGUUGUCAGCGUUUUAAUUUCACAAAAAUGAACGGAGUAGACCAAGAGCCAAUGGCCCCACAGACCUUUCUUUACGGUUGCGCCCUGGAGGCUGGAAAGGAAGUGGUGUUCAAUCCUGAGGACGAUGACUUUGAGCAUCAGCUGGAUCUAAGAAUGGCCUGUGUGGACGCCAGCACAAAGGAUGAACUUCACAUGGUGGAGGUUGAAGGACAAGACACAGAAGGGCAGAAAAUCAAAGCAGUUCUUGUUUCACUGAAGCCCUCUACCCUGCCAAGUGUGUGUCUUGGUGGUUUCACAAUCCAGCCCCCAGCUAUUUUCCGUCUGAAGGCUGGUUCUGGUCCAAUCCAUCUCAGUGGACAACACCUCGUCAUGAUGGAAGUUGACCCGACUUUUGAUGAGGAGGACGAUGAGGAUGAAGAAGAGGAGGAAGAAGAUGUCAAAACAUCAAAGAAGAGACCGGCUACCUCUCCUGCCGCCAAGUCUCAGAAAAAGAUGAAAAUGGAUGUUGAAGAGAUUGAUGAUGAUGAUGACGAAGAGGACGACGACGACGAUGAUGAUGACGACAUGGAGGAUGAAGAUGAAGAUGAUGAGGAGGAUGAGGAGAGCGAGGAGGAGGAGACACCUGUUAAGGCCAAGCCAACACCAUCCAAACAGAAAUCACCUGCUCAGAAUGGGAAGAGCUCUAAACCUGGUACACCAGGCAAAAAGCAGGAAAAGACCCCUAAAGGUAAAGGUGAGAAGUCGCCCAAAACUCCACCAACCCCAAAAGCAGCUCUGACAGUUUCUGAGAUGAAAACCAAGUUGAUGGAGGCAAUUAAGAAGGGAGUAACAUUACCUAAACUCCAGCUCAAGUUUGAGAACUUUGUGAAGAACAGUUAUAAAGCAGAAACCAAGGACAUCGCCGAGCUCUGGAAGUGGAGGCAGUCGUUGAAGGAUGCAAAAUAACAGUCUUUGUAGUUUUAUUGUCUCCUUUUUAUGACUUGUUCUUGCCCAUAACACCGCUCAAACCCUCUGAAGCCACACUCUGUGCCUCUCACUUGUCACAUAGUCAAAGACUUGUCCAGCUCCACCUGCCCUCCUGUAUGCUGAGACUAGAGAGAUGGUCGGUGAUGUGAGAGUGUACGGGCUCCUCCAUCAGUAAGGCAUAAAAUGAUUUGACUUGAUAAACCCCUCAAGAACUAGCUUACAAAUGUGCGUUUGUUUGUAGAUGUGUAAAUAAAGAUUCUCUCUAGAUUGUUGGCAUCCAUAUAGGGAGUUAAGCUUCCUGAGUUUUUAUAUUUACAGCAAAGUUUAAUUUGUCCUCAUGCUCAGAAAGCGUUAAAUUCAUUACACAAACUCAGAUAGACGUACAGGAUGAGCCAUAAAACACUUGAGAAACUUGCAUCCAUAUCAAACAGCCAGUACAACACAAUAUUAAUUUACCUGGAACUGUCAUGAACAUAAAGGCUUAGCACUUUCUUAAAUGUUUUGAAUGUUGAUGCUAUUGUGAGAUUCCUUUGGUUAAGUUCCCAUCGCAAUGUGUUUUCUUAGUUCUGACUGAAACAUCAGAUUUAUUAUUCUUCAUUUUAAUUUUUACCGUCCUGAACUGAUCAGUUGUGUUGUAGCAACACCUGCAACCUAUUUCUUAUAGCUGAACCGCUCUUUUCAGUGCUAUUAGUCUGUUAAACUUGACUCCAAGUGCUUAUAAUGUGAUGGAAGGAAUUUGCUUAUUUAGUUUUUUCUUUAGUUGCUUCUUAAUUUUAAAAACAUUUUAAGUAGCAAUGUUUGAAAAAAAUCUUAAUGUCCCCAAGGUAAAUAAAACAACAAACUUGUUUCUCAUUUGAUCAAAUUGAGUAAUAUGAAAUUUCUAAUAUGUUGAUGCAUGAGUAGAAGAUUCUAGCAGAAGCUCAUUCCAUGUUCUUAAUAAAUGGACAUUUGUAUGAUGUUAAACAUACUGUGGGUUUGGAGAGUGUUGCAAGAUUUAUUAAAUAAAAUUCAAAGGAA